AUGAAGAUCAAACCACUUUCCCCUCCACCUGGUAUCUUUGUUCAUCAGGAUCUGUAUUCUCGUCGACGUUGGAGAAGAGCGCAAUACCUCGCCGACCAGUUUUGGAUUCGCUGGAAGAACGAAUACCUCCAAUCGCUUCAAUCCAGAUCUAAAUGGAACAAACGUCACCCUAAUCUGGAAGUUGGUGACAUCGUUCUCAUGAAAGAUGACACACUCUGGAACCUUUGGCCAAUGGGAAGAAUCACAAAGGCAAUCAAGAGCGAAGAUGGUAAAGUUCGGAAAGCGGAGGUGAUGGUAUACCGCCAUGGAGAAAAGAAGACUUACACGCGACCAAUUGGGGAACUUAUACUCUUAUUGAACAACACACAAGUUAGGUAGCAAGGACGAGGAGUGUGAAGUUAUGCUAAUAUGUAGAAUGCAUGCUUGACUAAAUACAUACAUAAUUAAUCGAUCUACUAGAGUAGAUAAAAGGCCAGAUCUUGGGAUUUUGGGGAGGGAAAAAUUAAAACACAGGGAACACUCUACAAGACUUCAACGGAAAUCAUUUAUGGGGAAUUUGAAGGACUUCGAUCUCAUAGAGUUAUAGACGUAAGUCAGUUCAUUUAUUUCAUACUAUAUUUACAAGCUUAUCGUGCACAAAUUUAUAAACUGUGUGCUUAGUGUAGCGUAUUAUUGAUUUAUAGUUUUCACCAACGGAUACACAGGAAUAUACAGGAUCAAGUGUAGCUUAAUACUAAGCAAGAAUGUAUCAUUUAUAUUAAAUCAAUUUAAACUGUGUAUUCGUUUGGUUGACACUGCAUUCUCUGCCCGCGACACGACACUAGUGACUCGACUUUGUUGAGAAUUGCCUCCCGUUGUUCCCAACACAAGUUAAAGAUAACAAACACUAUGUAUUUUUAUAGUUUUAUUCACCAAUCUCAUGCUCGCUUUGCUGUGUUUUCCUGAAUCCCUCUCAAAAGUAAACAUUUCACCGGUAUAUUCCAGAGCUGUCCGACAGUUGGUGAGUAUACUUGCAUGUCUCGCGCGAUAACAUAACAGCUAAAUAUAGUUUCCGACAACUUCUGAUAGUUCAGAAUGUACCAUCUCCAGCAUCACCUUAACACCCGAGGAAGUUUACCACGUUCUUGCUGCUCCCGAUGAAAACAAAGCGACUGGCCCUGACAAAAUACCAGCGAAACUCCUCAAAAACUGUGCGUCCAGUAUUUAUUUAUCGCUAUGUGAUCUCUUCAACAAGAGUUUAUCUAUGGGUAAACUUCCAAAUGAGUGGAAACUCUCCAAUAUUGUUCCAAUCCCAAAGAAAGGUCCAGCUGAAGAGGUGUCGAACUAUCGACCAAUAUCUCUGUUGUCCUUGGUCUCCAAAGUCUUCGAACAUUGUGUCUGCAACCAACUCGUAUCACACAUUUCCACUCAACUCCACCGUCUACAAUUCGGUUUCCUCAGAGGCAAGUCAACCACCUCACAGCUUCUGCACAUUCUCCAGGAUAUUCAUCAAGCGUUGGAGAGUGGAAACCAAGUCGACGCUGUGUAUCUGGACUUUGCAAAAGCGUUUGACAAGGUUAGUCAUAAGCUUUUGUUGACUAAACUUCACAAGUUUGGAAUAAGAGGUGACCUACUAAGUUGGUUUGAAAAUUAUCUCUCUGGCCGCUACCAAAUAGUCACUGUUCUGGGUGAGACCUCGGGUACACUCCCUGUACUGUCUGGUGUUCCUCGGGGAUCAAUCUUGGGGUCCCUCCUUUUCCUAGUAUAUGUGAACGAUUUCCACAUUCCAUAUUUGGCGAAUCAACUGUGGCAAUGUUUGCUGAUGAUACAAAGUACUACUGUUCUGCAAGAGAUUUACCCAACUGCGAAGGUCUACAGAAUGAUCUGA